AUGUCGCUGCCGUCCGCCGAGGAGGCGAGGGCGGCGCCCGGCGCCGCCAGGCAGGUGGUGCAGGGGCUGGUGCGCGAGUCCCUGCAGGAGGCCUGGCGGCACGAGCACGACACGGAGGAGUUCUUGUCGGAGUUGGGCGCCCUCGUCGGGCUGCACCUGUCCGCCCUGGCGGACCCCGGCGAGGGCACCUUCGCCGGCGCCGCGCAGGAGCACGAGGAGGCGUGCGCCGCCUGCCUGAAGCUCGCCCGCAACCUCUGCGCCGGGCGCCCGCGCGUGCAGGACUUCUGGUGGCGCAGCGGGACCGUGGAGGCGCUCAUCGCGCGGCUGAGGGAGGACGCCAGGCUCCCCGACGAGCGCGACCCUGCGUGGUGCGAGGCCGUGCCCAGCUUCCUCACCAACGCCGUGGCCGCCAACGAGGCGCUGAGGGUCCGCGCUGUCGGCUCUCGCGGGCGGCCGGAGCUCGCGUUCAUGCUGGUGCAGACGCUGCUUCCUGCACCAGACCCCGCGGGCGGCGCCGCGCCGCAGCCGCUGGCGCUGCUGUCCGACACGGAGGACGGCCACUGCGUGCUCUUCGUGCUCGCCUCGCUGCUGUUCCGCGGGGGCAUGUCCGAGAGCCGGGAGGCGGUGAGCGAGAGGGCGUGGGAGUGGGCUUCCAUCUUCAUGCAGUCCCUGCUGACGUCGGGGGGGUUCGUCCCCGCGUACCUCGGGGUGCAGCGGCUGACGGUGGAGACGCUGCACGCGUUCUGGUGCUCCGCCGUCGGGCUCCCCACGGGCGUCAAGGCCACGGCGCCCGCCGGCGUGCUCGAGCGGCUCGUCGGGCGCCUGUGCCACCGCUCGGAGGUGCUCGGGCUGUUCUGGCACUCCGUGAGCGGCCUGGACUCGCCCCCGGUCGCCGAGGCGCUGCUGGCCGACCCUGGUCUCGAGGACGUGGCCGCGCGGGAGCUCGCCGGGUCGCUUGCGGCGCUGGCGCGGGAGUGGGGCCUCGCCUGGCGCCCGCCGGCCCCGGUGCCCACGGAGGCGUGCCUGGCUUUCGGCGUGCAGGAGAGCGAGGUCGACGUCCGCCUGCUGGCGGCUGGCGCCGAGGAGGCGGAGGGCCGCGGCGUCGUCUUCGGCCAGUUGCUCUCUGCCCUGGUGACCCUGUCCGGCGGCCCUGCGGCAGGCCGCUUUCCCGCGCGCCUGGCGGCGGUCUGCCUGGCAGCCUGCGUGUCCUUCCUGGACGCCCUGCACCGCCUGCGCUUCGGGGAGAAUGUGGAGGAGUCCGUGGCGAAGAAGGCGAAGCCGCCUCCGGAGGCCGUGGAGGCCUCGAGGGCCUGCUCGCUGAUCGACCAGGUGCGCCUGUGCGCCAACCUGCUGUACGAGAGGCGCGCGGCCCAGGAUUUUGUCCGGCACAUAGGAGGCCUGCGCGUGCUCCUCUGCCACUGCUACGCGGACGGGGAGCUGCCCCUGCUGAGGGAGGUGGGCGUCUUUGCGGUGCGCAACGCGUCGCACGGCAACGCGGAGAACCAGGGGGUCAUGAGGGAGCUGCUGGCGUCCCGCGCGGGCGACGGGCCAUCCGCCGACGUGUUCGACCCCGUGAGCGGGGACCUCGUGUUGGCGGAGGCCGAGGCCGGCCUCGCACAGGACUGA